CUCUCCCCCGAUCUCCGGCCCCCCAGAUCCGCCACCCCCUCUGGCAAGAUCUGACCCCCACGCCCCACCAUAGCAGCUCUCGGGACCAUGGUCGUUGUCUCCGGCAGGCCGAUGAAGCGCAUGAAGAGGCGGGUCACGGCCGACCUCUUCGACUUCCUCACCUUCCCCUCCUCGUCCGCCUCCGGGGGAGGCGGGGGUGCCCCGUUCAGGGCGAGGGUCAAGGAGUUCCUCUCCAGGCACGCCGUGCUGCCUCCCCCCUCCUCGCUCUUCCCCCACCUGACGACGUGGCAGGUGCUGUUCCGGGUGGGGGACGUGGUGACGGGUGGCCCCGACCCCUCUCCGGCGGUGGUGUGCCUCGACGUGGUGGAGGAGGAAGUUUCCAGAUCCAGAUCCGUGUACUGCGACCAGUGCCGAGUCGUCGGGUGGAGCGGGCAUCCGGUGUGCGGGAAGCGGUACCAUUUCAUAAUCAAGGCCGACGGGAGCUCCAUCGGUGGACACCACAAGCCCUGCAUCUGCUGUGGUGAUCUCUUGCACUUCUCCGAGUCCAGGUGCAAGUCUUGCAACCAUGUGAUGACCGAGGAUGAUGUGGAGGACUGGGUGUUUCACCAGCUGGAGAACACGACCCACCUUUUGCACGCUGUGGUCCACUCCAAUGGGUUCGGCCAUCUGCUCAGAGUCAAUGGCCGGGAAGGGGGUUCCAGGUUCCUUUCCGGCUGUCACAUUAUGGAUUUCUGGGAUCGCCUUUGUAAAGCGCUUGGAGUGAGAAAGGUUAGCGUUAUGGACGUAUCUAAAAAGUUUGGGUUGGAAUAUCGACUGCUGCAUGCUGUCACCAAGGGACACCCGUGGUAUGGUGAGUGGGGUUAUGAAUUCGGCACCGGUAGCUUCGGUAUCACAAGGGAUGCCUAUAAUAGGUCUGUGGAAAGCCUCUCCAGCCUGCCUCUGUCAACCUUCCUCUCUCAAGAAUGGAACCCUUCUUCUCGCUUGCCGGACGUUAUCUCAUUCUACCAAUCCUUGUCCAAGCACGAGCUUGUAAAUAUAAAGGAUCUCUUUUGUUUUUUAUUGAGUUUGAUCCAUGGAGCUCGGAAAUCCUCCUCGAGAGAUGGUGAUGCCAUCUUUAACAAGGUUAGGUCCCGUGAUUGUGGGUCCUUGGGUUCUUGGACAAGAAGUGAGGUUGAACGAGUGGAAGAAGCCAUAGUGAGGGUGUUACGGGCCGUCUCCAGUUCUAAUUGGGUAACUAGGCGUGCGCUCAGGGGUGCUGCUUAUAGAGUAGCAUCUGCGGAGCUUCUUGAUCACUGUCUUCGGGAGCUCGGGCAUAAAUCCGUCUCUAGUGCGAUGGUCAUUAGCUCUCGGUGGAAUCCUGAUUCUGGUGAUUUUGAAUACAGGCUUGAGCCUGGAGGCACUGCAUCCACUGCAAAUGCGUCCGGCAAGAAGUCUUCCUUUAUCAGUCGUCCAUCAGAGGAUAAUCUCAUACGGGAUUUGAGAUAUUUGUACGACUCUAUUCUUCAUCCUCAUAGAAUGUCGAAUGAAGGAACUCAUGCGACGGAUUAUGUGGAGGCAGCCCAGAGACUCCUUGAUUGCAAGCAAUUCAUGAAAGACUACAGGGCGGAAGGAGCGCCAUCAACCGCGAACCCAUUUUCAAUCUCUCUGCUGUGUUGGGUGGAACUGGCAGAUCACGCAAUGUCAAGUACAACAUGUCCUCCGGAAUUAAUUAUUUUGUCGCCAAAUGCUACAGUUUCUGACCUUAAGCACGAGGUGGCGAGAGCUUUUCAAGAUGUAUAUCUGAUGUGUAGAAGAUUCCAAGCGGAUGACCUACUUGACUAUAGAGGUGUUGAUGAUUCCACCCAGGUCAAGCAUCUAAUGGGUCUGACUAACUUAGUUCGUGUUCGGGGGAGAUGCUUCGUGAAAAAUGGGGUUAGCAAGUACAGAAUGGAGAGAGGCCUCGAGAACUGGACGGUGGAUUGCAGGUGUGGAGCCAAGGACGAUGACGGGGAGAGAAUGUUAGCAUGCGACGUGUGCAGCGUGUGGCAGCACACGAGGUGCUCAGGCAUAAACGACUUGGAGUCGGUUCCUGCGAGGUUCAUUUGCGGCGGGUGCAGGAGCUCUGGCGAGAUGAUCAAGGCAAGCGAGGAUGACGAGGAGGACAAGGCAAAAGCUUCCAUCAUUGACAUUCAGGUUGAUCAGAUGCUAACCGAUGGUGUUCUUAUGCUGUAAAUGCCCUCUACACUAUAAAUUAUUCUAGUGAAGUUGACCCUUAGGGAGGACCGCGUGGGAAGUUGUACAUAAAUGGAAACAAACAGCUGGACAGAAGAUGCUUCAACGCUUAAUCUUGCGCCGUGUUUUCUUCAAACUUGUAAAUGUUUUUGUGUCUCUCUCUCUCUUUCCGAAUGGAAAAGUGAAAAGGAAAAAGGUUUAGCUCGGUUA